AUGUCCGUCAUCGCGCGCAGCGUCGGCCACACGGUGUGGCCCGAGAUCGCCGGACCGGUCUUCCUGUUCACCCUGUGCGGCGUCGCGGUGACGGUCGGGUGCGAGGUGUCGGGCUACGCCAUGAAGGUCAACACGAUCAUGCUCUCGGUCCUCACGACGAUGUUGUCGUUCGUCGUCUCGCUGCGCACGUCGAGCGCACUUGAGCGCUGGAACGCCGGUCGCCAAGCGUGGUCGACCCUGUCGGUCGCCUCGAGGAACCUGGGUUCGCUCAUCUGGAUCCACGUCGGCUCGACGACUCUUACGCCUACCGAGCAGGCCGAGAUCGUCACUGGCAGCGACGAGGACGAGAUCGAGCGCCUCAAGUCGCUCAUCGAGAAGCGCACGAUGCUCAACCUUAUUCAAGCCUUCGCGACGGCGACCAAGCACCACGUUCGCGGCGAGAGCGGCGCGUUCUACGACGACCUGUACGACCUCGUCAAGCCUUUGCCCAAGUACUCGUUCCCGUCCGGCAUCGACGACCAGAACGGCAUCGCGCGCGAGACCGUCACCGGCAUCUGGCGGUCGCCGCUUCCCGACGGCACCUACGUGAUCCCGACCUCGAUGACCUCGUCCAUGUCGUCGUCGCCGUCGGGCGCAGCCACGCCCCGCUUCGGCUCCGCGUCUACGUCGCAGCUCGGCCACCUCGACCUCGAGAAGGGCACUGUCGACGGUAUCGACGGUAUCGGCGAGCUCGGCAGGGUCGCCAGGGAGGGCGACUCGACGUCGCGCGAGAUCAAGCUCGCGCCGGGCUACAACCCGCCGCCGCGCGGCCUGUACCACUACGCCCCGGCUUUUCUCCUGUUCCGGCCGAUCGUCAGCCUGUUCAAGCCGGUCGAGAAGAAGCACAAGCUGUCAUUCGGCACGAACCUCCCGCUCGAGAUCCACCUCCACCUGUCGGGCUAUCUGUCGACGCUCAUGCAGCGCGGCACCAUCCCUACGCCGCUCGUCAGCGUCUACUACGCCUCGAUCAACUCUCUCGCCGACUCACUCGGCACUAUGGAGCGCGUGCUCUCGACGCCUCUGCCCUUCUCGUACAUCGUGCACCUUCGCGCAACGGCAUACGUGUACCUCGUCCUCUUGCCGUUCCAGAUCUACGCGUCACUCAAGUGGCUCACGAUCCCGGCCAUGUUUGUCGCGGCCUGCGUCUUCCUCGGCUUCCUUGAGCUCGGCGAGCAACUCCAACAGCCGUUCGGCUACGACGACAGCGAUCACGACCUGGACAAGUACUGCGCGCUCGUCGCCGCCGAGCUGCAAGAGAUCGCCGCCCACUCGCCGCCGACCGCCUCGUCCUUCGUCUUCUCGUCGCUCAACACGCCCUUCAAGCCUUUCGACCGUCGCUCGGCACCCGAAAUACUCGCGUCGUUCUCGGAGAAGCACGGCGGGACCGACCAGGACGUCGUCAAGGGCGUCCCGGGCAUGCGCCACUUCCUCACGCGGCACUGGCACGAGCUCGAGGACCGCGCGGCGAGGGACCGCUCGGCGCGCAAGAAGCGCGGCGUCGGCGCGACCUGGACCAAGACCGACGAGGACGGCAGGAUGGUCCACGUCUGCACGCUCAAGUAGCCGUCGACGCUCGAGAAGGGCCGGUCCCUCUCUCGCGCUCGUCCACCUUUCAUAGACACUCUCUCCUUCUCGUCUCUCCUUCUCGAUGAUAUGCCCACUCCCUCCUUUGCAUAGCCGCACCCUUGCACUGCACCCUCGUUCGCCCCUUC